GAAUUAUUACUUCAUCUUGUUUUCCAAUAUGGCGCCGUCUGUGCUAUGAGAUGACAACAUCGUAGUUUGUGUCGGAUUUGUCAUAAUCAAAAUUUGUUUUAGUCGAUAUUAAUUUGUCUACCUCAUAUGUUCAAAGAAAAUCGGUAAUUCUAACGAUAGUUACAUAAUCGUGCCACGCUAGUUAAAAAAUCAUCCAGUCGAUGCGUCCUUCUGUGAGAAAAGUACUUAGCUGCUGUAAAAAUGGCGGGUGUAUCUUUACUGAUUGUGUUUUCAUAUCAUUCGGAGAAAGUAAAAGAAUAGGCUAAAAGUGAUUUUAGUCUCGUAUUGAGUGUCAGUUAUAUUACGUAUAGUAAGGACGGCAUGUUUUGUAUCUUGCUGUUUUGACAUUUGAAGAGGUGAUUGAUUCGGGAGAAACGGUGCAGGUGUCAUCGUUAUUAAUGAAAUUAUCAGUAUGUCGCGCUGGGGCAGAGGCCGAGGCGGCAGUGUGGCCGUGCCGCUUGAUAGUGCCCUGUUUAGAGAAAAUAGUAACUGCCCGACGGCCGCUCGCUCAGCGGGCACGGUCGGGAAGUGGGGAAUCACAAGCUUUACGUCGAUUAGAAGCGCUCCUUACGCCUACACCAGUAAUGUUCUUAAAAAGCCAGUCCAAGAUCAGAACAGUCCGCUGACAGUGCCUGCGGUGGAAACAGAUCAACCCCCACCUAAACCUAAGAAAUUUUUUAAAUCUCGCAAUGCAGAACCUUUCCCGCCUGUUCCUCAAAUUACAUAUGCACCACCAGUACCUGCAGCUCCAUUAUCCCCGGAGCACCCUUCGAAUAGCAAAGAAAAAAAAGCUACCAAAAGAAGUAGAGCGUACAACAGGGACUCUUCAUCACCAGAAUUGCCUCGACGGAACUCUGAAAAGGCUAAAGCUAGAAAAAAUUCUGUGGCUACAAAGGCUGCCAAGAAAGCAGAACCACAGCCUGAAAACGCUCAACCUAGGAGUACACGGUACUUGGUUCGCAAUCGUGAUAAAGUAAUUAACUAUGCUGAAGAUGGCAGCAACAGUCCCAUUUCUGAAUUUUCACGAUAUGAAUCAUUAGCUCCGAGAGUAUCAUCACCUAAAACAAGCCCGUUGGUCUCAAGUCCUGUGCCCCCUAAAGUUGAAGUGGCCAGUCCCUCAACUAGUAAAGAAGUGGUGAGCCCCUCUACAAGCAAAGAUGGUAAUGAAGAAAGAAAACCACCUCCUAUUGUACUAAGAAUAUCAAAGGGUACAUCGAGGAUAGUCAGUACUGAUUCUAAUGAAGGUUUCACAUCACCUGGUUCUGACAGGCAUUCAUCUAUGGACAUGCAUUCAGAUCUUGGUUUAGAUCACAAAAAGAGCCCAUCAAUGGAAACAAUAUAUUCACCAAAACAUGAGGGUCUUAAAAUCACUAUCAAAUGUAGUGGUCUCAGCCAAGAAAGCAAAAAAGAAAAGAAAAAGGAUAAAAAAGAACACAAGUCUCAUAAGAAACAUCACAAAGCCAGUAUAGAUGAAGAUGCCAAAAAAGCUACAUCGCCAUUGCCUGGUUCAGACACAUAUGAUCUUUAUAAGACCCUUGCCUCCCCAGGUCAUGAUAGUGACAAGGACAGAAAUAAAGCUCCAAGUGGGGAAGAUGAUAUCGAGUCUCGACUAGCAAAGCUUGAUUCCACUGGGUUGUCACAUAAAUCUCCUAGGAUAGAUGUGCUACCAACAGAGCCACCACCAGAACCUAAGCCCCCAGAGGGUGGUAGGGCCCGUCGAGCUAGACAAGUCAUUAACUACAAUGAGAAUGAUGAUUAUUUGGAUAAAUUGACUUCUGGCCAUUCAAGCAAGCAAACCGUUAAAACAGUCAGUGACCUUAAAAAAGAAAGUAGAAGAGGGAGAAAGAAACAUGAGGCUGCUGUGCUAGAGGCUGCUGCAGCAGAAAAUGAAAGCAAAGCAGAAUCUCACAUAGAGAAGAAUAAUUUGAUUAAUAUAUUGUCAGGUUCAAAUGUAGAUGAGGGGAAAACAGAAGUCAAGCACAAAAAGCAAAAAGCUAAAGCAUUACAAAACAAGCACUCCAGCCCUGAUUAUGGAGCUGAGCUGUCUCAGGAGCUCAUGCAUGAACAAGAAGAUAACCAGCAUGAGCCUUUAGAAGAUGAACAAAUUGAAACCGCACCUGAAUCAAAUAUGAAUGAUGCAGGAUGUCACUCGCAACCUCCCACUCAAGCUACAGAUUCUGAUUAUAAUAGUUGUCCAACUGAAUUCUCAGAGGAUGAUUCUCAAAAGAAUCAACAGGAGGAUGUAUUUAAAUCACCGCAUGGCAUUGAUGAUGACCAUGUCGAAGACAAACCUAGUGUGAAAUUAGUUAUAACCAAAAAGAAGGGUUCUAUAUUCAAGAGCAAAUCACUUGUUAAUGAUAAUCCAUCUCCACUACCAGCAAGGAAAAGACGUCAUUUAUAUAAACAUGAAUGGGCCAAUGAUAAAGGAAAUGAAACUCCCCGGCCUGAGCAGCCUGAGAACAGUGAAGUAAGGAACCCAGCCAGUCAGGUGCCCGAAGAACUCACAAAGGUCACAAGGUAUAGGGCACCAGAUCCCAUCAUGGAUGACCCAACAUCCAUUGAAGCUGUCAAGCCCUAUACUAGUGUUAGGUGUGCUAAAGAAGCUAAGGAGUAUUACACAGUAGUGAGAAAUGUGAAAAAAGCACAUCAAAUACAAGAGAUUGGAGAAUACCAAGAGUUUAAUGAUGAUGUGGAUUACCUUCUAGAUGCAUUACAGGACAACAACCCGAUAUCGACGCGCUGCCUGUCCGCCAUCACGCUGGCCAGCAAGUGCACGGCGCCCGCGUUCCGCAUGCACCUGCGCGCGCACGGCACCGUGCAGAAGUUCUUCAGCGCGCUGCACGACGCCACCAACGACCAGAGCUUGGGCCUGUGUACGGCGACGGUCAUGUUUGUGCUGUCCCAAGACCGACUCAACAUGGAUCUGGACCGGGAGUCUUUGGAGCUCAUGUUAAAUUUACUCGAAUCCGAUGUCUCGCACAAAAAUGCCCUAGAUGACUGCGGGCUGACGUCUGCCCAGCUGGCGAAGACGCGGGAGCGGGUUCGGGAGUUAUGCGCGGAAAUCAAGAGCCAAGGGAAAGCCAAGCAUUUAGAUUUGGAUAACAUUACCGUGGGUCACUUAGCCAUGGAGACGCUACUAUCACUAACUUCGAAGCGCGCCGGCGAGUGGUUCAAGGAGGAGCUCCGCGUGCUCGGCGGCGUGGACCACAUCGUGCGCACCAUCCAGGACUGCGCGGCGCGGCUCGAGGCGCCCGUGGCCAGCUGGAGCCCGGCCGAUGUGGACGUGCUGAGGAAGGCCGACCGCUGUCUGCGCGUGCUGGAGAAUGUGACGCAGCAGAACGAGGACAACCAGCUGUACUUGGUGGGCGAGUCGCUCGGCGCGGCGCGUACGUUCUGCGCGUUGUUCCGGCGCUGCGCGGGCGAAGUGCGCGCUGCGGCCGGCCGCCUGCAGCUCGCGCUGCUCGACGCCGCGCUGCCCGCCGUCAAAGUGCUCGUCAACCUGUCGCACUCCUUCUCUCCCAGCAACGUGUCUCCGGGCGCGCGCGUUAUAGGCGAGCAGCCAGGCGUGAUGGAGAUGUGCCUCAUCGUCCUUAACAACCAAGAGAACUUCAUACCAGAUAGCAAAAACUUCGAGUUCAGUGUUUGUGUGUUGCUGCUGCUCAUAAACCUGGUCCAGAACAACGAGGAGAACGCGAGCCGGUUACUCAACGUGCGCAUCCGCGUCGACAGCGACGAGGACAUCAUCUCGCGCACCGUCUCCGCGCUGGACCUGAUCGUGGACCUCUUCUACAAGCGGGUCGACCUUGCCAGGAGAGCUGAAGAAAACACAGAUGCUUUGCUCGAUGGCGAAAAGGAUGAUGGUGAGACUGACAAGAAAAAACAACAAGAUGACAUCGACGAAACUGUAGCGAAAUUGCUGGCGCGCGCGGGCACGCACAUGGAGCACACGAUGGUGGGCGCGUACACGGCGCUGCUGCUGGGCCACACGGCCGUGCUGAGCGCCGCGCACGCCGCCGCCGUGCGCCAGCGCGUGCCCAGCUACGAGGCUCUGUUGCCCACGCUCAAGAAGUACUACAACUUCCUGUCGCUGACCGCCAGUGGCGAGGCGAUGAUAGUGGCGCACGUGAAGGCGACGCACCUGAUCAUCAAGUUCAUGGAGCGGAGCGACGCGGAGGAGGAGGGAGGGGGAGGGGGUGCGUACCCGGCGGUGGGAGCCGCCCCCGCCCCCGCACCCGGCUAUCCCGCGCACGCGCACGCGCACUACUACGGCUCCUCGCCCUCCGACGUGCCGCAGGACAUGUCGCUCAGCGGCCUCAACUACUGCCAUCAACGCAUGUCCUCGUGAACGUGCCAACAUACUUGACAAGCUGUUCAACUUCCAGUGACGUCGCGAGGGUCGACCCUUUUCUGUUCUGUCGGUCCCUGUGAACGAUGUUAAAUCCGUGCUCCGGAACGUUGAUACGUGCGGCGUACGGCUGUAGUGUAAAACAUUGUGAAAAAGUUGAGUUUUAUUAGUUUACAUGACGGUUGUAGGGUGGAAAUAGAAUUAGUAUGUUCCUACGGUUCCGCACCAUAUUUUAAUCGUUACUUAAUCGACGUGUGAAUCGGUCGCGUCGAAUGGAUUUAAAAGCACUUUGACGAAUUUUAAGGAACUCGGCUAGUUAAAUUUCCACCAUAUUAGAUUUUAUUAUAGUAGGAUAGCUAAAAUGUAAACCGCGUUGUUCCCCUGACGUCCGUGUCGCCUGCGAAAUAUGAUGUUCCGGUCGUCGGUUCCGAUUGGAACGUUUCCUACUUAUUGACGAUGUUAGCUCGUGCGAUCGUCUCGUGUAUAUAGAUUAUAUACACGUAAACGCCUGUAUAUUGUAAAUCACUACUACUAGAAUAUGCCAUUUGUAAUGUAACGAUAGGUGGAUUGCACACGGCUAUUAUACCUCAAAUUUUUGUAUCGAUAUCUUUCCCUUCUCUGAAACGUCGUGUAAAUAUUCGCAGACCAUUAUGGUAUAGUUAGUUUACGUCUAUCCGGUAUGGGUUAUGGAGUCUUAAUUAAAUUGAGAUAUUCCGAGUUUAAGCCAUCGAACUGGCAAUAUAAAAGUGCAAAAAUAGUACAGUAAGUGUAUAUUGAUAUCGUAAUCCUCUCUGUGAAUAUCGUGUCCGCACUUUUUGUAUAAUACUCCGAGAGAGUUACAAAUUUAUGAAUUGUUCUACCGUGGCACAAUCCUUAUUGUAAAUAGUUCCGACUGAUUCCGACAGUGAGCGUAGGCGCGAUUAUUAGAAACGGAACUGAUGAGAGAGCUCACCCCGCCUGGGCCGAGUCGUGCGUCGUGCUGAAGCGUGCCUGAGCGGAGUGUCCGGUGCGGGAUGCGACAUGCGACGUGCGGCGUGCGGGGUGCGGCGUGCGGGGUGCGGCAUGCGGCGUGCGGGGUGCGGGCGGCCACGACGAGCGGCUGCGUCCGGCGCGGCGAGGUUCAAACAAUGUACAAACACUUGUCGUUAUUGCCCCCGAAUGAGAGAACGAUUAUUUGCUUAGAGAUAUUUAUGAGUAGGACGAUCUAUGAUGUUGGACUUUAUUGACUAGCGGGUAGGCUAAGAAGGUGAACGCAUGAUAUUAAUCUUUCUCCAUUUUUGUGUUUUUUAAAGACUUCUUUUACGAUUGACUGAUGGUACAUUAGAUCGGAAAUUGAGUUUUCCAAAAUUUGAUGUUUAGAUUAAUAUUUUUAUAAAAUGUGACAUUUUCAACCAAAACGUACCACAUUGUCGCUUUUCAAUAAGGUUGAUUUCAAAUUGAAGAUGUAUGGAAAUGGCGCCUUAUUGACAACCGACAAUAAGUACCCUUUUGAUUGAAAAUGGCACAAAUAUUGAAUCGCUAGGGCGCACCGAUUACUUAAUUUUCUCAUCUUUAUUUAUACUACGGAAGCGCAUUUUAUGCGAUAAAUCGUAAAUCUUGAAUUUGAAGUAACGAAUCUAAUUCAAUUUGUAAUUUUUUACUUUGUAAAAGACGUGAUCGGCCUUAUUUUUUAUUGAGAUUUUCCAAAAUUUGAUAACAGAUGGGGUGAAUUUUGUUAUGUAUACAUUUAGAGAUUGGGCUGAUGCCAAUGUACAUUUGUCGAGUUCCUGCCUGCCUUAUCUCGGGCAGUGGCCAGACCGGGACCGGUUACGCCCCUUAUGCGACAGUAGGGCGACAAUGUACACCCAGCUGCUAAAUUGCAUGCCCACUUUAUGAAUGAGUUCAUUCAUGACGUGUCCAUGCAAUUAUUCAGCUCGCCGUACGUCUAUGUGUAGUCCUACGUCGCUGCCGUACCUCUAUUGCUUCGUAAAUCUGAAACUGACUUUGGCUGUAAUCACUCGUAUUGUCAUUGGCCGCCGGUUAUUGAUUGCCAGUGGUUGUCUGCCUGAGACUGCAUAAUAUGGUUUUGAAUUCUCGUACAAAGUCCGCGUUUUACGAUAGCCAACAACUUUUAGACAGACAAUCACCAAGAGAACGCGACUUACGUACAUUACCGUCAGCAAUCAGACAGCUUUAUUUCAUGUGUAAGGUGUUCGAAUCAUUUACUAUGUGACGCGGAACCCGCAGCGGCGGGAUCACUCCUCUUGGUAACGUUUUAUUUAACAAUUGGAGACUUGUUUGUUGUACAGAUGCCUAAAUUAUAUUUACGUAAUUUAUUGACCACGUGUAUGUAUUGUCUAAGAGUAGCUUUUAACGUGCAUUUCGUUAUGAAAUAUCACCUUUGUCACACUUGGGUUUUUAAUAUAGUAUGUUGUUUUAGAGUACCACGAGAGUUUGAUAUCUUGAGAAAUUAUUAUUGUAUAUGUAAUGUGUAAUUAUGUUAUAAAGUAUUACGUGUAAUUAUUAAAACAAGGACAAUUUAAAUAA